AUGUAUAAUAAGGUGAAUAAGCAUGUUGGAAUGAUACCCAGUGUUCCAGUCGCGCAAGACGAUAUCUGUUACGAGUAUGCUGGUCUGAUCCGAACUUUUGAAUAUAUUUCCGAUCACGAUAUGUCAACUGUAUAUCACACCUUCUGGUCAACUUCUUAUUCCAAACAAUUCACAGAAAAUCAAUUGUCGACGCUUAGAUCAUUCAUUGCUACUCAACGACGACAUAAGCAUGUAUUGUAUUUCUGGAUUUUGGAAAAGGAUCAACAUGCUUUAAUCCAUGGAAACUCGCUUUGGAAUACCACUCAGCAGUUCCAUAAUAACAUUAUCCAAUUGAAAAUAGUUGAAGAAAACUUAACAAUGAAUUCGGCAGUAUCUCAGUUGAUAGAAAACAGCAAUGAUGACAAUUAUAUAGAAAGCUUAUUACGAAUGAUAUCCCUAUACGAGUAUGGUGGUAUCUGGUUUGAUCUGGAUGUACUCUUUAUACGCGAUUUGACACCUCUGUUGCAUCAAGAAUGGACUACCCAAUCGAGUUGUUCUGAAUCAUCCAGUUUCUUUACACAACGACGGUACAAAGUGGAUAACCGAUUCAAAGGAUCUUUGAUGCAUUUUCGUAAACACUCUCCCUUUUUAUGUGAGAUGUUGAGUAUCGUCCAAGCCCAAAUGAGUACUAAAAGCAGCGCAGAGAUGCAUAUACCAAACUACAGAGAAUAUUUAUAUCAGCUUGUGUUCUACAGAGUCUUGAAGCAUCAUUUAACUCCAUGGGCUGUUCUCCCGUGGUGUUUUACGAAUCCAUCGCAAUGUAGAAAAUCAAAUUCUCUGCCAAGUCUAUUCGACCAUAAAAAAAUAUCAGAAAAAAACAGCCAAAGGCUAAGUAAGACCUUUGUUCAAUCGUAUUAUAGAAAUUGGUAUCGUUCACCCGGUACAGUAUUUAUUGAAUUGAUAAACCAACACAAGUCCAUUACCAAAUGGUGA